AAUACUGACAUUCAGAAAGGAAGAUGGAACAUGUCAGUGUGAGUCUGAUAGUGUUAUCUAGAGAGCUGAAGAGACGACUGCAGAGGUGGAAAUGGCUGAGACUGUGAGAGAUGUUCACUUGCUGGUCACAUGGAAAACAGAAGAACAGAAACAUGAAGUGCUGCAUAUUGGAAGGAUGGAAAAUGUUCAGUGAAAGAAGGAUUCCAGGAGUGUUUACUUGGAGAGAAAGUUCAAAUGGGACGCAUGAGCUUCCAGUGAGGUCCUUCAUGCUACAGACAGCAGAGGGACGGGCAUAUAGCAGCGGUCUGCACAGGAAGUCAGGAAGUUGAGCAAGUAAAGUUGAGUUUCCAACAGAAGCUAUGCAGAGGCAGUGAAGAGGGUACAAGCACAAAGGGAAGAGACCGGAGGAGUGAACCAAUCUGUGAAAUGAGGUGAUCAGACAGAGAAACCUAACGCAGCACUGAUGGUGGAUGAGCUCAUUUUGUUCAUUGACUGUGGAAUCAAUUGUUCCAAUCAAGUCCAACAAAAGCACAGAGAAACUUUGAGAUAACUGAGACCAUAAAAGGAAAAGAGGACCUGAUUAUUCUGCAGUGGGAUGCAGGAAGUUUAAUGGCAAAGAGAUAAAAACACACAGAGAGGGGGAUGGGCGGAUUGGGGAAAGGAACAGAACUGGAAUGGAAACUGAACUGCUUGUUAAGUGGACGAUACACAUUAAGUGUUGUCUUACAGUUAGGAGGGAAAGUGAUGUGCACAUGUUAUAACAAAUAACAUGUUGAGGGCUGAUUGUCAUGAUGACAGCGCGAUGGCAGCUGAAGAGUUCAUGGAGAAUAAAAAUGUUAGCUUACACGACAGACGUUGUAUAAGAACAAACGGGGAGGCGCUACGUGAUACUUUGCUUUCGAUUUCAGCUUCCCGGGCGAACAUUUUGUGACGAGCCGUUUGAAUUUGAAAUAUCAUCAGAGGUUUCCAGAGGGCGUCCUUGUUCUGGAUUUUACUCGUCAGCUCAUCCCAAACCUCGGCUGAUGAUGUCUUCAGCCCUUGAAGACUGUCGUGUAAAAUGACGUGCAGAAGAACAUCAGUCAGAGCUGCAGCUGUGCUGAUGAUACUUGUGAUGAAUGUCUUCAGAGGACGCUCCCUCACAUGUCGUCGAUUAGAGUAUCAGAUAGGGACUGAAUGCUGUCCCAUGUGUCUCCCUGGAUUUCGAGUUAAAACACACUGCACUGAGUUUAAAAGUACUUCCUGUCUACGUUGCACUGAGGGAACCUUCAUGAAUCAUCAUACUGGUCUUCCACAGUGUUUCACAUGUACAAACUGUGAUGCAGCUUCUGGUUUGAAAUUAAAAACUUCAUGUACAGCAACAUCAGAUGCUGUGUGUGAGCCACUGGAGGGAUUCUACUGCAUGGACUCUGCAGAGGAGGGCUGUAAGGCAGCAGAGAAACACUCAAGCUGUCAGCCAGGACAGUACAUCAGUCAGAGAGGAACAGCAUUAAGAGACACUGAGUGCUCUGACUGCAGUGAGGGAACAUAUUCUGAUGGAACAUUUCCAUCCUGUCAGCCACACACACAAUGUGAAUCAGUGCAUCGUCAGCUGAUAAAAGCAGGGACUGUUUCAAUAGAUGCUGAAUGUGGAGAGCAAAGUUCAGACAGCACAGGACUUGUGGUUGGUGUGGUUGUAGGUCUUAUAGCAGCUGCAGCAGUUGCAGCAGCUGCAGGGUGGUGUAUCAGAAAGAGGAAAAGCAGUGAAGUGCACAGAAAUGAACUCAGCCCAGAGUUUCCUGUACAGAACUGCUGGUCUGCAGUGGAUCAUCAUCUCACACACAUGUUGUGUUGUCACUGUGUGACAGCUCCAGGCUCCUCAUCCAGCAGAUCCCUGAGGAGGAAAGUCUCAGUCAGAGUGUUUCUGUGAUGAAUUCCAGUAGGUCAUCUUCAUGUUGCUGUACGUGAUCUCCUGUGGGGGCCACACAAAGCUCACAGGGGGACCUGAACAUCAGACAGACUGAAAACUUUAUCUG